AUGGGAUUUGUUGAGUUGGAGACGUUAUUGUGGACGCAAUUUAUGGGACGUAACAAUACAUUAGCUGCUUAUGCCAUUCCAUGGGAAGAAUCAAAAUACUUUGAUAUUCACGAAUUUAAAGACAAAGUUAAAAGAAUUGUUACAAAAACUGAAUUUUUUGGAGAAAAUCUAGCUAAUGAAUUAGCUAAUGAAAUUGUGGAAUUUUAUUUAAAUAAUGAUCCCCUUAUUGAAUUUAAUCGACUUGAAAAUACAACAACCUCCAAUUAUUAUUAUUUACAAAGAUAUACUUUGCUAUUAUCGGAUCUUCAAUUUAUAAUAUCAGUGAUUAACGAUGCUCAAUUAAAAAUUAAAAAUGGUUGGCCUAUUUAUUUAUAUUAUAAUCUUCAUUAUAAUAUUCAAGAAUUUCCUAAAGGAGUUAAAAUACAUCAAAAUUUUCACACAAAUGAUGAAAAUUUUAUUUUCCAUUAUUCUCCUUUUAAUUUUACUUUAAACGAAGAAGAUUUGUCUGUUGAAAGAUUUUUAGUACAAUCUUAUGUUAAUUUUAUUAAAUUUGGAAAUCCUUCAAUAUACGAAAUUAAAUGGCAUAAAGCUACUCAAAAAAUGCCAACAAGACAUAUCAGAAUAAAUGGACUACAAACACUUGAAAAUAAUUAUGAUUUGGAUUUAUUAGCUAGACACGAAUUUUUUCAAAGAAUUUCAAUUAAAUAUGGACAUAUUUGGGAUUUGGUUAGGGGAGGGCCUGAAAAAUAGGCAAAAGAAAAUGACAAAUUUAAUUAAU